CUGCUACAGAUCAUACGGUUUCCUCGCGAUAUUCGUCUUCGCCACAUUCAGCGACUCUGGACGUGCCUCCUCCUUCAGCUGGCGGAGGCUUCCCGUCGAUCAAUCCAUCCGUGUUCAACCAGACGUAUCCCAUGUCGAGAUCUACUUCUGGCGCUUCCGACGCUCAGGAAUACAGCACUCGCCUUUUGACUCCCCAUUCAGAAUAUCGACCUCUCGGACACGGUCCUGAUCCUUACAGUGGUCUCUCACACGACAUUGAAAUGCGGAAAAUGUCCGAAUCACUCGGUCGAAUGCCUUCCAAUCGCUUAUUCACCCCCGCAUUCACCUUUGAGCAUGUCAAUCAACUCGGACCUCAUCCUCAGCCAGCUCAGCCCGAAUUGAAUGCCGGGAUGGCAAGAGGCUGGGGAGCAGAAUUUGCCCUAUCUUCCGAACGUGGCGAUACAAAGGUUGGUUUGAAUGGAGGUACCGAAACGGAUUACGAGAGGGAGAGGGAACAACAAAUCAUGACGAACAAAAAGCUCAUCGAGGAAAUGGGUCUAGGUGGAGGUAGUGGUGCAUUUGGACGAUCUCGGAGUGUCACGGGAGGAGGCGCAAGAGAGCGGAGCAAGACGCCAAGCAAGACGCCAAUCAAGAAGAGAUUGUCCUCGGCAGAGGCGCCGGUUCGAGCGUCGCCUCGAAUCGCCUCGCUGCAUCGGGCAUCUUACGCUGACCUCGAUGGAAAUGCCGUCGAAGAAGUCAGUGACGAGUAUCAGUCCAGUGGUGAACCAGAGCUGGAUGAUGAAGACGACUUUCGACCCCCAAAAAGGACCAAGACGUCUACCCGAGGUUACGGCCGCAAGGCAUCGUACACUGCCAGGGGCCGCAAGAGCGAUCUCUCACUGUGGGGUUUGCUCCAGAUCUACCCUGAGAUCCCCCGCUCUUACCCCUUGUUCUACUACACCUUGAACAACGAUCUCAGUAUCAACUCGGACUCUGUUCCUCUCAUCGGGUCGAUCCCGUCUACUGCGACAGCACUGGAGAAAGCAGAUAAUCUGCAAGCCUUUUACCACCGUGGUCGCCGGGUCCUAUCUCAAUUAGAUGCCUUCACGGCUCGAUGUGAUCGAAAGUAUGAAGGACCUCAGGAAAAGCUCACAGAGUUAGACCACAACACCCGGAUCGCGGUCCGAGAUGUGAGGCGCAAAAUUGUGGAGAGAUGUGAGAACUACAAGUAUACUCGACGAGACCUCCUCGACAAAGCAUGUGGGAAAAACAAAUGGGCCCCCAUCGAACAUGGUCUGAUCGAAUGGCGCAUCGGUAUGGCUCAGACGGAUCCUGCUGGCGAUCUGUCCAACGUCACUUUGACCCUCCCUACUCCUCCACCUCAGGCCUUGUUCCAAGGAUCGACGUCGACCUCGAUGCACCAACAACAGCAGCGAAACCAACUUGGUGUCCGACAGAUCAAACCGUUUCCUCGAUCGCGAAUCGGCUCAGUCGUGCCUCUUCCAUCUGCUCGAACCGUCAGUGUGACGAUGGGUGAACCUAGCUCAGCGUACAACAUGUCGUCGACACCUGUCAUGGGAUACGGAUUCUCAGCUGCAGAUGCCCCUCCCCCGAUGUACGGUGAAGAUGAUGUCCCUAUGAGCGUCCAAUUGUCUACACCGAUCCAACCUUCUUCUGAAUCCCCUCUGGAUCCAUCGCAUCCGCCUCGCUUCCACCCGUCCCCGAAUGGCAUGAAGCUACUUCCGCAACUUCUGCCUCGGCCACCAUGACGGGAGUGAAGAGGUCUCUGAGUGAUGAGGGAGAGGAUGAUGAUGACGUCGAAGAGGGCGGAGAAGAAGGCGAUGAAGAAGCAGAAGAAGAAAAACCAUCUCCUCAGCUUUGGUAGGCGGAUCUCCAAGUCUCGCUCGAACCGAAUGGCAAUUAUACCCUGUUUUCGGCUUUAGAUUCGCUCGUCUUGGCAUGUCCCUAUGUCUAUAGUCUAUUUUGAUAUCGUUGGUGGACUCUCCCAAGAAGGAUGAGGAUGAGCAUCACCGCCUCCUGGAGGACUUAGUGUGUAGAGAUGGAGUCCUGCUGUGAAUGUAUAC